CAUCAUUCUUCGACGGACGCUCCACCGUAGUGAUGCCGACCCUGUGAAAGCCGAAGGGGCGAACAGUGAUCUGGCUAAGAAUCGGAGGCGUUCCAUUUCAUGCGCGAGAAAGCUCGAUAAGCUGUCAUAGCAAUGUGGAAGCUGAAUCAAUCCGUUUUGGGCGGAGAUGAGGAGAUGCAAGACAAUCUGUUGUACGAACCCGAAGGCCUCUGCUCCCUUUCCCCUUUGCAGAGAAUUUAUGGGUUUGCUGCCUGCUUGGUCGCUGGCUUGGUUUGCAUGUUCCUGUCAUUGAUUGUUUUUAUCAAGCCCAUCAAAUUUGCGCUAUUAUUCACCUUUGGGAACGUGUUGGCUGUUGGAAGCACAGCUUUCCUUAUUGGACCUCGUCAACAAGUAAGAAUGAUGUUUGAUCCUGUUCGUAUUUAUGCAACUGCUAUUUAUGUCGGGUGUGUUGUCUUAGCCCUCAUCUGCGCUCUAUGGAUCCACAGUAAAGUUUUGACAAUACUGGCAAUUAUAAUUGAGAUCUGUGCCCUUAUUUGGUACAGUUUGAGUUACAUUCCAUUUGCUCGUAGGGUGGUCUCUGACAUGACAAUCCGUUUAUUUGACACUGAAAUAUAGACACUGCCAUUUGAAAGAAGUGUUUCAUCACUUGGCUCCAGAAAGAGAAACACAAUGAACACUGAGAUUUGUUUGAUUCUUACUUUGAUUGUUAACUCUUUCCCUUUUCUUUGGGGUUUAUCUCUCAUUCUGAGUUUGGUGUUGGUUUGCGGGCUUGUGACUCCUUUGGUGACAAAUAUUGUAGAUUAUCAGAUAUCCCUUUCGGAUGGCAAUCGAUUUCUUCUGAUAACCUCUCGACUUCUACCUUGAUAAGGAAUUGCAACAGCUCGUGUCUUUCUCAUGGACUCUCCUUGUCUCUAACGCUUCUUAUCGCUUGUUGCUUGCCAAUUACAGAUGGUGAAUGGAGCCACAUGGAAAGGUAGAUUCUAAGCUGCCAUUUUCAGCCAAACAGGGAAAUGUGAACCUCGACUUUCACAUUCAACUACCUUACAAUGUUAGCCACCUACCACACAAGGAAUUGCAUUGACAGGAAGACGACUUUUCCAAUAAUAUUAAGCUUUUCAGUUUUCACUGAUGCCACAAUCUACUUCUACUUUAUUGUGCUCUGUUAGCCCCACCAGUUGCUUUCUGCCUUAGAGGUGGACCACGGAGGUACUGGAAAUAAAGUAGCAAUCAAACAAAGCCUUGCAAAGCAAAAAGGGUUGGCCCAUGGGCCACGACCAACCCUGACAGAAUGCGACCUCUCCAACCUUUGGGAAGGGUGUUAGAUUUUUGUGCAACAAGAUGUACAAAAGGAAACACUGCAAUAAUAAA